AUGAUUCCUGCAAUAAAUAUGAGCAAAAUUAUCACUGAUAGUGGUGGAAAAGUCGGGGAACAUAGUACAACUAACGGAAAUAUGGAUGGUGGGAAGUCGCAACAGGAGAUACGUCCCUCUACACCCUUGCGCAGUCGCACUUCCACAAGGAAUGCAUCACGUGCCGUUCGUGAUGGCUCACCUCAUAGGACGCCACGUGCAGGUGCAGCCACUACUACUGCCAAUACUAAUACUAAUAUUGCUACUAACGUAGAAGACGGUAGCUCAACUGCUGAUUUGCGGCGUCGAGCAGAGGAGGUCAGUUCUGUUUUGGGUGUAAACAUACUUCAGGUUCAAGAUGUUUUUGUACUUCAGUGUAAGGCUAUAGAAGUUGCAGAACGGAUGAUACGAAUGGAGGAAUGGUAUAAUGUACAAUUACAAGAGAGAAGUGCGUACCUGGAGCACCGAAUAUCACAAUUGGCGGCUGGUAUGGGUGGACAAGGUACACAUGGGGUAGGGGAUAAAUGGGUAACACCAACGACAAUACGAAGUCGACCAUCUACAGGUAGCGCAGGAACAACAUUAAGUCGACCAACACUGAGUGUUACUCCCACAUCAUCCGUCCGCCAUCCUAGUGCGGUUUCUCAUGCUAUACAUGCUGCACAUACUGCACAUGCUGCGAGUUCUGUAACUUCUACACCACCAGCUCCUCCUAUAACGGUUGCGUCUCAUAAUACAUCUGGUGCUCUUAGUCCAAAUGAUACACAGACUAUUUCUUAUGCUACUCAUGUGAACCCAAGGACUCCUGAUAGUUCCCGUAUUCGGCUCUCACACCAUCAUUCUAGCCCGUUGGCAAGUGGUGCUGUACAUCCACCAUCACGUGAUGUGUCCAUUUUGGGCCAUAUACCAUCACGUAACAGCACAACUCUUAGACGCCAACACAAGAGUACAGGAGGGGGAGGUAGCAUCACUGGAAGUCGAACCAAAGCGACAGGAACAGAGAGACGAAAGGUACGUAGUUUAAGUGUUACAGUCGGUCGAAUAUCUAGAGGAAGUAGUGAUGCGGGAGUUGAGGAAACUACUGAUGAUGUAGCUCGACGUCCAAAGAAACGGCGCAGUUUGGGUGCAACCGUUUUGCUCUCAAUGCCAACGAGGAAUACUACCCCAAAGCGUGUACAACCAUCCACUGGCCGAAUAGGUUAUUCAUCAUAG